AUGAGUAGCAUGAGUAGCAGGAGUAGCAUGAGUAGCAUGAGUAACAUGAGUAGCAUGAGUAGCAAGAGUAGCACGAGUAGCAUGAGUAGCAUGAGUGCAAGAGUAGCACGAGUAGCAUGGAGUAGCAUGAGUAGCAAGAGUAGCACGACCAAGAGUAGCAAGAGUAGCAUGAGUAGCAAGAGUAGCAUGAGUAGCAAGAGUAGCAUGAGUAGCAUGAGUAGCAAGAGUAGCAAGAGUAGCACGAGUAGCAAGAGUAGCAAGAGUGGCAUGAGUAGCAAGAGUAGCAAGAGUAGCAAGAGUAGCACGAGUAGCACGAGUAGCAUGAGUAGCAAGAGUAGCAAGAGUAGCACGAGUAGCAUGAGUAGCAAGAGUAGCAAGAGUAGCACGAGUAGCAUGAGUAGCAAGAGUAGCAAGAGUAGCAUGAGUAGCAAGAGUAGCAUGAGUAGCACGAGUAGCAUGAGUAGCAAGAGUGGCAUGAGUAGCAAGAGUAGCAAGAGUAGCAUGAGUAGCAAGAGUAGCAAGAGUAGCACGAGUAGCAUGAGUAGCAAGAGUAGCAAGAGUAGCAUGAGUAGCAAGAGUAGCAUGAGUAGCACGAGUAGCAUGAGUAGCAAGAGUGGCAUGAGUAGCAAGAGUAGCAAGAGUAGCAUGAGUAGCAAGAGUAGCAGGACGCUCACUGGUGCGUUCUGA